GUGCGCUACACUGCUAGGUAUUAUGCUGCCGUUAGACACAUUUCAUGUUGGGUCAUCUUCAUUUGCUUCAGGAAUAUGUGAAGCUUUCUAUUCAUUUAUUCAGAAGUUUAUUUCAUUUUACUCUGGUGUGCUUGUCGGCAUAAAGGAAGGAGUCUUGGCUGAAAUAUUCCCCAGUCUUCUCCUAUCUUAUUGAUAGAAUGCAACGGUACUCCUUAUACUUAUGUUUUUUCUACUUGGCCUCUCAACGUUUUUGAUUUUGCGGCAUCUGAAGUCCCAUGCACCUUUGCGAGUGCAUGUCACACAAGUUCCUCGAGGUUUCCGCCGAAGAGACAAAAUCAGAUAUCAUGCAAUCAGAUUUGGGCGAAGGUUCAGCGAAAUAACUGAGGAAUUGAAAAAGGCUCGUACUAAAGAAGAGCGAAAAACGACAAUUGUAAACUUUGCGAAGAAAAUCUUCAAACUACAUGAUGCUCGAAAGUCACCGGCCCUAGCCUACGGUCGAUUGCCGGAGUCAUUUUUUGAACCAGAUGAAGAGGACGUUUCAUCGCUACCGGAAGAUCUUCGCUUGAUGAUCAGUUCGAUUAGAGUUUUUGGUCAUUUAGAGAAGUCGUUCUUUAUCAGUUUCUGCAGAUAUAUUGAAACGAUUGAGCUGAAAAGGGGUGAAUAUCUCUUCCGUAUUGGAGACGAGGACAAAUCUGUGUAUGUUAUUCGUAAUGGUAGAAUUCAAAUCACUGUUACUGAACCAGAUGGGUCUAAGUAUAUAAUCACAGAAGUUGGAAAGGGCGGAAGUGUUGACAGUUUGAUUUCUGUCCUUAGUAUACUUACCGGUUAUCCUUCAACCUUCCAGUUCAUGGAAGCAAUCGCUUUGGAACCGACUACAGUGUUGAGCUUGCCAACUCAAUCAUUUCUGGAAAUAUGCAAGCCGCGAACACAUGCCCUAUUUCGUAUUAUUCAGAUGAUUACAGUUAGACUUCAGCGUUUAAGCUUCAAUGCACUGCACAAUUAUCUUGGUCUCAGUUCUGAACUAAUAAACAAGGAAUUUACUUCAACUCCAUGUGCAUCUAAAGCCCACGAAUUUUUAAGCAAGAUUUUCGAAGAAAAGCCUCACAUGAAAGAUUUUGAUCAAUUAGGUAAUAUCAGUUUGAAGUAUUCAGAUUCAGACCAUAUUUUACCAAAAAUGAAGUCAUCACUUUCAACUGCUGUAGAUGACCAACAGUCUGGAAGUUUUGGGCCAGAAGUAGGACAGGUUUUUACUUCGGAGGACAAUUUAAUCUUGGAUUCAGUAUCUCAGUCUGGUGCGCUUGAGCUAGGUGAGGCACCUCUUCUUUGUGACAGAAGAAGUACAAAUCGUCCCAUGCAUUCUCCCUCACAACCUCCUAGUCCAAUAUGCAAACGUCGUCUUACUAAUUUGCGUCGAACGCAUUCCCUUGUUGAUACAUCAUCAAAACCUAAAGUGGAAUCUGAUGAUCUAAGCGAUAAAAAAGAUAAUGAUAGUUCAAAGCUAACAUCUGACAAGUUUGCUAAAGAACUGACUUUUACCGAAGAAGAAAUAAAAACCAUGAUAAAUUUAGCUGAAGGUGAUCUUGCCAAUAUUUUGAAUUUAAGUGAGACCAGUAUCCUCCGUGGACAUGUUGCACUUAUGUCUGUUCCAGCUGACUUUACACUCUCAAGGGAAUCAGAGAUGCAGAUGGAAAUGUAUUAUGUCAUAUUCGGAGAGUUAAAAGCUCUCCAGUCCACGGGCGGACCGAAUAAUGAAAAUGUGACAAUAUUUACAUAUGGACCUGGUAAGGUAGUCGGACUUCUAGGACUUAUUACCGGUGAACCGAAUAUAUAUAGUGUGAAAGCUGUUACAAACACCAUUGUUGCUGUAUUCUCUCGUGAAUGCUUUUACUCUGUAGUUCGUCAGUAUCCUGAAGCUUUGUUCAGUGUAACGCACAUUGUUUGUUCUCAUUUAUCUCCAUUACUUCAUCAACUUGAUUUUGCUAUGGAAUGGAUAUCUGUCAAGUCAGGAAAGGCCUUAUAUAAGAACGGAGAUAAGUCCAGCCAUGUGUAUGUUGUUUUAAGUGGUCGAUUAAGACAAGUUGAUAACAUGCCUGAUGGAGGUCAUCGCAUAGUUGGUGAACUAGGGCGUGGUGAUCUUGUUGGUUUUCUCGAAGUGAUCAGUCAACAACCACGAAUUUAUACAGUUAUGGCUAUCAGGGACUCGGAAUUGGCUCAGAUUCCAUCUCAUUUACUCCAUUAUUUAAAGAAUAAAGUCCCUCAAGUUUUAACGCAUAUAAUCCAGUUAUUAUCGGAUAAAUUGCUGGGUAAUUUAACGAAUGGUUCUAGCAUGGCAAGUCCAUUGGGUAUGCCAAUUUUACAUAUGACUAGUACAAAUUCGUUAGUCACUGGUGGACUGGGUUAUACAUCAGGAGGAAAUUCCAGUAUGGAUGUUUUAUAUAGCCAGUUGAAUAGUGGCGUUAUGGCUAAUCUGCGUACAAUUGCGGUAUUGCCUUCUACAGCUGAUAUUAAUGCUGAAGCAUUUACCUUGGAGUUACAGCAUUCUAUGAGUCCGAUGGGGUCAUCCGUUCGCCUCACUUCAGACAUCGCGUUGAAACGUUUGGGUUCAAGUGCAUUCGACAGUAUUAGCCAGUAUAGACUGAGCAGUUGGUUAAGUCAUCAGGAAGAUUCACAUCGUAUUGUUUUCUUUGUUUGUGACUGUCAACGAGCUUCCGUAUGGAAUCGUAUAUGCAUUCGUCAAGCUGACUGUAUACUGGUCUUGGCACUGGUCUCAUCUGAUCCAGCACGUCCUUCACCCAUCGAAAUGGCUUUGAAAAACGACCCUACAAAGGUCGCUAAAGUUCUGGUUCUUAUGUAUCCUCUUGACACGGAUUAUCCAGAAUCUGGUAAGACUGCUGUUUGGUUGAACGCUCGACCAUGGAUUAGUCAACACUAUCAUAUCCGUUGUGAACCUCGUGUGUUCAUUCCUCGCUCUAAACGGAAUCUUAUCAGUUUCUAUUCAAAAGUAUUCACUCGUGAGAAGCCUAAUCCACUAUCUGAUUUCUCUCGUCUUGCAAGGUAUUUGGCAGGUGAAGCUGUUGGUCUUGUUUUAGGAGGUGGAGGAGCAAGAGGGUGUUCACAUGUUGGACUGAUACGUGCAUUUCAAGAAGCUGGUAUCCCAAUCGAUUUAAUUGGAGGCACAAGUAUUGGCGCAUUUAUGGGUGCUUUAUGGGCUGAUGAGACCCGGGUUGCGCAGUUCACUCAAAGAGCUAGAAACUUUACCAAUUGUUUCAACUCUAUAUGGAAUAAAAUAAAAGAUUUCACUUACCCAGCUGUAUCUAUUUUUUCUGGUAAAGAACUCAAUAAUCAACUUAUAUCUGUAUUUCACGAUCGUCAAAUCGAAGAUUUUUGGAUUCCAUGUUUUUGUGUCACAACAGACAUAACCAAUUGCAAAAUGCGUAUUCAUACUCAAGGUAAUUUAUCAGUAUUAUCUCAGUCUUUUUCUAAAGAAAAGCGGUUACUUCUUCGUACGAUGUGUUUUACACAGAAAUCGGAUUUGCCUAACGAAAACUUAAUUCACGGAAUGUACAAUGGAGUAUUAAGUGGAUUUACUGCUUCAUUCGAUUGCGCUUAUAGGAUGAUAAAAAGAGAAGCACUUAUUUCACUCAACAGUUUUUAUAUCUACCCUUUGUUCACUUUUGGAUUUAUGAUAUUCUAGAAGUUACUACGGAAAAAUAACAGACAAUUAUAUGUAGGGUAGUUUGUAGCUUUCGAAUGCACUUGAAGCCACAGGAUUUUCUCGCCUGUCUCGGGGUUCAAUCUAUUAAGACAGAAAGUAGAAAAACAACUAAUAAUUGCAGUAAAAUAGAGUUUCGAAACGCUAUCAUAAAAGAUCAAAAAAGAAAGGAAUACAAAGAAACUAAGCUGUUGAAAUAAUAGAGAACUUUAUAGCUCAGGUGGAUGGUCUUGGUUGCAUUGUGUUCUCGAAUAAACAACCCAGCUCAGAGAACACAAUACAACCAAAACUAAGGUGUUAUGUGGAGACUAAAUGGGAAUGUAUUCAACACAGCUAAAUGGAGAAUGAAAGCCAUAUCUAUGCACUUCAUGUUUCCCUAUACCUUCGAAUACUCUUUCUUUUCUUGAAGAGUCAAUGGAAAAAGAUGGGUUUACAGUUCACUCACAGGAGAUGCAACAGGAAAUAUUUGCGGAAAACUGGAAGGGAAAGUUGAACUAAUAGUCAGUUAUAUAUCGGCAAACUUCUAUUCCUUCUCAACCUAAAUCUAAACAUGGAAAUGGGGAUUUUCUCUUAUUUCAAAAUUGAAAAGGCCAUCGAUUACCUAGAACAAGUGUUGUAAUCGACUAGCAUCAGCGGUAUUUAACAAUAAUGGUGUAGGGAUAUUGUUUUGAUGGAUUAAUGUUUUAGUUAGGGUAUGGGAAUGAUCCCCGCUAAUUGGUCUCAACCAGUAAUUAUAUCGAUCUUAGAGAAAGGAAAGAAAUAGCUUUGUGAUAACCGCAGAAAAAUGAGUUUAGCUAACAGUGUGUUACAUCUUAGUUUCUGUGAUCAUCCGACAUCUUACUUGAGCUUGUGUUAGCAGAUUUAUGAAAUCCAGGCAAUUUUCAGGCCUCGUUGUGAGUGCUCCAACCAAGUCUCCAUCAUCUACUAGUUACUGUGUUUCGUAACCUAAAGGCCACUUUCAGUUCCAUGUAUCGAGAUAUCUUAUAUCUGUCUCUCCCGGAGACGGGUGCCAAGCAACUACAAUGUCCUACUAAAUAGACUUCAUGAGAAAGUACGCGGUUACGUCAGAGCUCAUAGUGAGUUUUCUAAAUCAAGUGGUGUGCAUUAAGACUGUUCGUCCUUUCUAUUUUUGAACUUUGCCAUCGACUUACUUGCGCAAGUCUCUCUUCAUGUUGAACUUAACAGAAAUCGAUCUUCUCACAUGAGACUCCUUUGUAGACUUAAAGUUCUUCGACGAUAUAUUCCUGUUAGACAAGAAUGCCAACAGUUUUUUGAGUCUUCUGUGUAUGUUAAGUGACAAUUUGAGGAUUUUUCAGAUUCACUUCCCACUUUGCAAAUGUCAACUGUUGCUUCAAAACUGAUUUGUUUGAAAACCUCGUCUACCAAUAGGGAAUAAUCUAAUUGAACACGUUAAUCACUUCGUAUCAUUGGCUACAUGUUAUAAAACCACCACGUCAGUAAUCUACAGGUUAGGCGUAGAGUCUUACAUUAAAGAGAUGCCACUUGAUAACGUUGUAAACGUUCACUUAAUUACACUGCUAGAAGAUUUAUAGCUUAUGCCUUAUCACCGUGUACCUCAACACGCAACGUUACUGGAAGUGGGAUCAGGUUGAAGGUCUGAUGGUGACCAAAAUAAAAUGUGGCAUCGAUCCAUGUUGUUUUUAACUGUUGGUCUGUGGUAUGUUCAGAAUCGAUCUCAAUGGGGCCGAUAGAUCUUUAUCGUUAUAUCAUCUUUCGGUAUUCGCUCUAUCCCUUCUUCUUUCUGGCUGUUCCUCUUCUAUACAUUUUGACUGUAUUAUCUCCACUUCUUUGUCUUCUGUCUUAUUGUUUUGCGUCUUGGUAUGCUCAUUUUAGUUUUGACAACUUCGAGAAUCAAUCUGUACUGUCAGGUUUUAUGUCACUGACCAACUGAUCUGUAAGAAUCUACCUAUCAAACAUGGGUUACAGAUAGCAGCUAGCCUUUUCAUACAUUGUUGCUGUUACUUGGAGUUGGUUCCAUAAUCGUGACACCAUACCCGAUUUCCGGUUACCAGAUAAAGUUAAUCUAAUUUAAUACACGGAAUGCGUACUCAGCCACUUUACUGUGUAGAAUUCCACAUCUAUAGUAACUUAUUUUUCUCUGUUCAUUAAAAAUUCUCUCUUAAGCAUUCCAAUACAAGGAAUUAAAUGAAGAGUUAUUUCUUUCCAAUUAUCUCCUCAUCAAACUGCUGUACACUAGUUUAUAGGCUUUGAAAAUCACAUCAGAAUGCCGAUUGCCCCAAUUAACAGUAGUCAUAAAUUAAAAGCUAUUUGCGAAGUGAAUAAUUAAAGCGCCAACUAAUGAGACAGCUAAACUAUACGGCGGUAAUAAGUGGGAAAAUACAACGGAAACAGGUUAUCAGUUGACUGAUUUUACAGAAAAGCGAACUGAACAUGUAUUAACAAUAAUUACUAAAGCAAAAUAAGAUGAAAGCACCUAGAUGAAUAUAUGACAAGUAAAAUAUGACAAGGCAUAACCCGAAACACAUGUGUAUCGGUUCAAAUCUCCACAUUUCACAAAGAAAAAGUGGACAUAAUAAAAGUUAUAUCAAAGUAAGUCGACAAAGUUGUAUGACAGAACAAACAAUUUGAAGGUUCAGACUUUACAAGAUAUCAAAGAUUGAAUACACCUGCGCCAUUGUGAUUGAUUUUCAGCCAUGUCACGAAGAAUCCUCGACCGCUGAUUCCUACUGUCUCGGGGAUCCUAUCCAGGUAGUCUGCAUCUGCCUUCGCGGUUCAGACCAACAGUUAGAGACUUCAUGCAUUGGUGCCACGAUGAGCACAUUUAGGCGAUUGACCAUAAAUAUUUUAUUUUCAUUGCGUAAACUAAAGUGGAAAGUUACUUUACGUUGAUGUUUAAAGCAUUGAGAGGUUGUAUAAACUCCUUUUUGAUUCAACGAUUUGGUUUAUAAAGACGCAUGACUAUGACUUCCGUCGUUUCAAAUCCCAAGUCCAGUCCCACUAGUGUUUACAUCCUACUUGAAUGAAAUUCAAUAGGCAUUGGUGAUCAUAUACACGUUUGCUUUUUAUAUCAUUAACUUUCAACAAGUGUGUUUGACAACACAUUGUCGAGUUUAUUCUAUAGUUAUUAAUUGUACCACGUAUCGUAAACAUCGCAGUUAGUGAACGGAAACCUGUAUUUGGAGAUUUCAUCUACUAUAUAGUCUGACGCUGUUGCUUAUGCAGAUAAACGGGUGAACACAUUGAACUCCAUUGGUUGAAAAAUUCUUGGUCUAAUUAGGUCAGUUUUCAAAGUCAGACAGAGAGUAUGUUUCUAGUCUGUAUUCUGGAAACCGAUAGAAAACGCAUUUCAAACAAAACCUUCUUCAAGUUAGCCUGGUGACUUCAUUAUCCUCGGGGAUGUUAUGUUAAGGAGUACUCUGGACUAAAUCUUGAGCCUGGGAAUGCUAUGGUCAGUAGGCGUAUAUUUUUAGGGUUUCUGGUAAAUUGUUCGAUAAUUUUUGUAAUCUUGAUCAUGGCAUUUUACUCCUUUUAAUGCUGUCAUAUCUACAGGUUUAUUAGUCUGACAGUGCUAUUUAAAAGCUACCAAAAUCUAUGCAUGCUUUAAUGUUUCAUUUCUUUUCUGCUGAUAUGGAUAUUUGGUUCAACGAAGAAUGAGAUAUCAUUGUAUUUGUAACUAGUGGUUGGGAAAGUUAGUUAAUAUCAACACAGGACUUCUUGUCAAGUUGCCAUACCUCACAUUAGUACAUCUAGAUUAGACGCAUC